AUAGAUCUCAUUCCAGUGCUGCUGAAUCAGUGUAACGGUUGUAGGGAGGACCCAGGUGCACACACAAGGCAGACAGACUAAGUCUGGGGCCCGGCUGCGGGCAGGACGGCACCCCCACCUCAGGGGCGGCUCCAGACGACCUAACCCCAACCCCCGUGGGGACGGACCAAGGCGGCGGACGACCCCCUGGCGGACAUGAUAUGCAUCUAUCAGAUCUUCUCCCCACUUGCUGAUCUGCUGUUGUGGUUCAAGGGCUGGGAUACUUUGUCUACACAAAGACUCUGUCACUGGCUCCCUGAUGCUCUCAGUAUCCUGGAUGAGUCUAUGGGAUGUCCUGUGACACCUGGCGUUCAGGCUCAUUCCACCAGAGGAGGGGAGACGUCGGUAGCCAUCCUCCAUGGGCACUGCCUCUAAAAUGAGUCUCUCUGGGGAACAUGACAUGAAAACCAAAGCUAAGAGCUCAAUCCAACAGGAGAGACCAGCCUCACCUGUACCCAGCUGUGUGUCCAUGAAGAGUGACAAGUCUAUGGAUCCACCUUUCAAUUUCAGUAAUGGAGGAGGACCUUCUAAUGAGGAAGGGAUCAGACAGCAGAGACCAGCCUCAUCUGUACCCAGCUGUGUGUCCAUGAAGAGUGACAAGUCCAUGGAACCACCUUUUAAUUUCAGUGUUGAAGGACAACCUUCUAAUGAGGAAGGAAAUCAACCGAUGUCAGACCAGAGUCACCAUGACGACUUGUCUUCUAUAUUCACAGUGCUUGAGGAGACUGUCAUCGGGUUUGUGAAGGAAGAGCUGAAGAGGAUGAAGAGGAUUCUGAGUCCAGAUUUCCAAGAAGGCUUAGAGAGUCAGAGGGAGGACCAGGAAGUGGUGGACCCUGAAUAUCAGAAGCAGGAGAGCAGUGCCAGAGAGGGAGCUCUGAAGAUCACACUGCACGUCCUGAGGAACAUGAACCAGAAGAAGCUGGCUGACACUCUGGAGAAAAGAGAGGUUUUUCGUCAUAGACUCUCACGUAAACUCAAAUCUAAACUGAGGAAGAAGUUUCAGACUGUCUUUGAGGUCAUAGCUCAACAAGGAAACCCAACUCUUCUCAAUAAAAUCUACACAGACGUCUACAUCACAGAGGGUGAGAUUGCAGAGUUCAAUAAAGAACAUGAGGUGAGACAGAUUGAGACAGCAUCCAGGAAAUCAGCAAGACCAGAGACAGCCAUCACAUGCAACAACAUCUUUAAACCCUCAGCUGGACGAGACACACCUAUCAGAAUUGUUCUGACAACAGGAGUUGCAGGCAUUGGAAAAACUGUCUCUGUGCAGAAGUUCAUCAUGGACUGGGCUGAGGGACUAGCCAAUCAGGAAAUCCAGUUCAUCUUUCCUCUGCCGUUUCGAGAGCUGAAUCUGUUGGAUGGAGAAGAGUUCAGUCUGAUGGAACUUGUCCAUCACUUCUUCUCAGAAACCAGACAAUCAGGAAUCUCCAACUAUGACAAGUACAACGUUCUGUUUGUCUUUGAUGGUCUGGAUGAGUGUCGACUGCCCUUAGCCUUCAAAAAGAACAAGAGCUGGUGUGAUGUCACAGAGUCCACCUCAGUGGAUGUGCUGCUGACCAACCUGAUCAAAGGAAACCUGCUUCCCUCUGCUCUCAUCUGGAUCACCACUCGACCUGCAGCAGCCAAUCAGAUCCCUUCUGAGUGUGUUGACCUGGUGACAGAGGUACGAGGGUUCAAUGAUGCUCAGAAGGAGGAGUACAUCAUAAAGAGAUGCAGUGAUGAGAUCCUGGCCAGGAGAAUCAUCUCACACAUCAAGACAUCUAGGACUCUUUACAUCAUGUGCCACAUUCCAGUCUUCUCCCUAAUGUGUGUGACAGUCCUGGAGCACAUGCUGGGAUCAGAGAAGAAAGAGAAGAUGCCCAAGACCCUGACUGAGAUGUACACAGCCUUCCUGGUGUUACAGACCAAACAGAAGAAGGUGAAGUAUCAUGGGAAAACUGAGACAGAUCCACACUGGGAUGAAGAGAGCAUUAAGAGCAUUCUGUCACUUGGAAAACUGGCCUUUUACCAGCUGGAGAAAGGCAACCUGAUUUUCUAUGAGAAAGACCUGACAGAGUGUGGCAUUGAUGUCCAUGAUGCCUCAGUGUACUCAGGAGUGUUCACACAGAUCUUCAGACAGGAUGGUAAAGUAUUCCAGGAGAAGGUGUUCUGCUUUGUCCAUCUGAGCUUUCAGGAGUUUCUGGCUGCUGUGUUUGUGUUUCUCUCAUUCAUCAACAACAAUGAGAAUCUGGUGUCUCAGUCCACCUCAGACACAUCUGACAUCCACCUCUACAAGACUGCUGUGGACAAGGCCUUGCAGAGUAGGAAUGGAAACCUGGACCUUUUCCUCCGCUUCCUCCUGGGCCUCUCAAUGGAGUCCAAUCAGACUGACUUACGAGGCCUACUGACUCAUACAAGAAGCAACAUACAGAGCCAUGAGGAAACAGUCAAGUACAUCAAGGAGAAGAUCAGAAAGAAUCACUCUCCAGAGAGAUGCAUGAAUCUGUUCCACUGUCUGAAUGAACUGAAUGACCAUUCUCUGGUGGAGGAGAUCCAACACUACCUGAGCUCAGGAAGUCUCUCCAGUGAGGAGCUCUCAUUUACACAGAGGUCAGGUCUUUUCUUUGUGUUGCUGACUUCAGAAGAGAAGAUGGAUGUGUUUGACCUGAAGAUAUACUCCAGAUCAGAAGAAGGUCUUCUGAGGCUGCUGCCAGUGGUCAGAGACUCCAAAACCGCUCUGCUGAAUGACUGUAACCUCUCAGAACGGUGCUGUGAAGCGCUGGCCUCAGCUCUCCCCUCCUCAGAGCUUACAGAGCUGGACUUGAGUUACAACAACCUGGGGGAUUCAGGCAUGAAGCUGCUCUCUGCUGGACUGGGGAAUCCACUCUGCAAACUGGAGACACUGAGGCUGUCAGGCUGUCACAUCACAGAGGAAGGCUGUGCUUCUAUGGGCUCAGUGCUGAAGUCAAACUCCUCCCUGAGACAACUAGAUCUAAGUAACAAUGAUCUGAAGGAUGCUGGCAUGAAGCUGCUUUCUGCUGGACUGGGGAACCCACUCUGCAAACUGGAGACACUGAGGCUGUCUGGCUGUCACAUCACAGAGGAAGGUUGUGCUUCUCUGGGCUCAGUGCUGAAGUCAGCCUCCUUCCUGAGACAACUAGAUCUAAGUAACAAUGACCUGAAGGAUGCCGGCAUGAAGCUGCUCUCUGCUGGACUGGGGAACCCACUCUGCAAACUGGAGACACUGAGGCUGUCAGGCUGUCUGGUCACAGAGGAAGGCUGUGCUUCUCUGGCCUCAGCUCUGAGGUCCAACCCCUUCCACCUGAGGGAACUGGACUUGAGCUACAAUCAUCCAGGAGAAAAAGGAUUGAAGCUGCUCUCUGCUGGACUGGAGGAUCCACACUGCAGACUGGAGAAACUCAAUGUGGAUCAUGGUGGAGAGUGCAGGAUCAAACCUGGUCUUAGGAAAUAUGCCUGUGAGCUCACACUGGACCCAAACACAGCAUACAGACGCCUCUCUCUGUCUGAGGAGAACAGAAAGGUGACAUGGAGGAGAGAGGAGCAGCCGUAUCCUGAUCACCCAGAGAGAUUUGAGGACUGUUACCAGGUGCUGUGUAGAGAGGGUCUGUCUGGGCGCUUUUACUGGGAGGCAGAGUGGAGUGGAGGAUGGAGGGUUUAUAUAGCAGUGACAUAUAAAGGAAUCAGCAGGAGAGGAUGGGGUGCUGACUGUGUGCUUGGAUACAAUAACAAGUCCUGGAGUCUGCAGUGUCAUGGUAACAGUUACUUUGCCUGGCACAAUAAUAAGAGCACUGCCAUACCUGACCCCCCCUCCAUUUCCCACAGAGUAGGAGUGUAUCUGGACUGGCCGGCCGGCAUUCUGUCCUUCUACACAGUCUCCUCUGACACACUGACCCACCUGCAAACAUUCCACAGCACAUUCACUGAGCCCCUCUAUCCUGGGUUCUGGGUUAAUCCUGACUCCUCUGUGUCCCUGUGUCAGGUAGAAUAGCCCACACACACUCUCACACACUGUGCUCACAGAUGUGAUUGAAGAUUGAACUGUAUACAGUUGUAAUUGAUAUCCCAGAGUGUUAGUAAAUAUUGGUGUGUGUUGAAUGUUUAUUUUGUUUUCAUUGUUGACAGACAACAAUCCUGUCUUUGAUCUCAGUUCCACUGAAUGUGAUGAACUAAAUAGUGUCUGACUGCCUAAAUAAGGAGAAAUAAAGAUGUUUUAGACAGGAUUAUAGAAGACAUGCUGUGUGUUCGUUGGUGACCCAGUGGCUCUAGACACACACACACACACAGACACACACACACACACAUGUACACACACAAUGCAAGACACUACAUUUAGGACCAGUAAUAGGACCUACCCACUUGAAUAUACACUGUGUGUGUCUAGUAUGUCCCCUCUCCUCCCACCUCCUCUCCCCUGAUAUGACAUUUUAGGUUGUGUAAAAUUAUUGUGUUUUAAUGUGAAUUCUAAGCUUCUGUGUUCAUUAUUAGAAGACACGUGCUAAGACAGUUGCUUACAGGAAUGUUGGGGGUUACAUUUUGUUAGAGAGAGAGAUCCUGUCCUCCUUGCCUUCUCACAUGCACUGUACAACCUUUCUCUCUCUCUCUCUCUCUUUCUCUCUCUUUCUCUCUCUCUCUCUCUCUCUCUCUCUC